AUGCAAGCAGUCGAUACGCAUACACAGCCCUACCAGGACCCUCGGCGUCAGCCACGCCACCCUCAGGAUGUGCAGACUAGCGGCUAUCAACUUGCGCCUACUGGCGGCAACUUCCUAAUGCCAGACGCGCAAGGCACAUUCACGUACUCUGCAGAGCCGACAUCCAUGGUUUACGAUGGGUCCAUGAUAUCGCUUCCCUCAUCCAGCACCCCUGGGCAGGAAUCCAUCUUCACUCCCAACGUUGGAUCCUCUCUCGACUCCUCAUUACAUCCGGACAUGUCAUAUCCACCAUCGAAUGCCUACAAUCAAGUUCAAAACUACGGUCUUUCUCCGGGAUCCUACUACGGAAACGGACAGAACAUCUCCCCCUCGCAUUCAGUCGAGCAUUUUAGCCCAGAAACAGGUUACAUGAGCGAUCCCAGUCACCACGAUCUCAGCGCUUAUGCAACACCAAAUUUCAAUGGACACGUUCUCGAUGAAUUCUCUGGCCUGACUUUUGCCGAUAACGGUUCGGCCAGUAAUUUUCCGGCAUUCCAAGAGCAUGUUGACAUGUCAGCCUUGACCUCAGGGACGCUGAACACGUACAACGCUCAGCCAAGCAACCACCUCAAUAACACUUCGCUAAACCUGCACCAUCAAUUAAUGUCGCCCAGUGCGACAAACAAUUCCAGUCCGGCACUAGGCGAUGAGAGCUCAGCCUUCCCCUCUAUGCAGUACAACGGGAACAUGUCGACGCCGCCAAACCAAGCGAAUCAUCUACCGCAUACAACACCUAUCAAGCAAACCCACAGUCCAGCUCUGACGAAUAGUCCCGGAAAUGUUUCCAUGGCAAACCCAAGGCCUCUCACGCGACACUUGACGAGUCCCAUUGUACGUGUGGAGAACUAUAGCAGAGAAGAUUCGCCUUCGCGUUCCGACAAUAGCAUGCCUGCCAGCAAGCACAGCUAUGGCAGUCGUCAUUCUGGUAAUCACCUAUCACCGUAUGCGCAUAACGAUGAUUCCGAUGGUGAAGCGGAGCCUCAGGAGAACGUGCGUUCGCGACCAGGAGUCCGUGGACCCGAUCGCAACGAGGACGGCUCCUGGCUCACGACAGGACAUUUGGGGCAGAACGGUAUCAAUCCUGACGAGCGCCGCCGGAUGGGUGACGUAUGGAUCCCCAGUAUCGAGGAAAUUGCUGAGCAACGCUCGAAGAAUGAGAAGAAGCUUGAAGUGCAGGAGUGGCUCACUAAGAGUGAGCUCGGAAGCGAGGCAGGCGAAGUAGGGCCUUCGAACGAUCUACUCAAGCCCAUCACAGGUCGGCGUCGAGCGAAGAGUCACAACGACAUUCAACGCCGGGCUCUCCCAGAUAGCUUCGGGCUGGGUGUGCGUACCAAUUUCGACCGUAUAGAUGAUUCGGGCAUACCUGGACCUGGGGUGUACAUUGACGAACGAAGCGAUUACGGUGACUACGAUUACGACGAUGACGAGUCGGCAGAACCUGAAUCCCCACCCGCUGCGAUCGAUAUCAACGCAAGCCAUACAGAAAACUCGUACUUUCCUCCGACACAAGAACUUAUACCAAAGGAUGGUACUGCUGUCAAGCCAUGGGUAGAUGGACCGUUGCAGCCACACCCGCCAAACCCAUCGGCUCGAUAUCAGCCGCCCACAUCCAAUGCUGCGAUGAUGCGCUUCUUGGUGCGAGCAAAGGACGUUGAACAAGCCUCACUUGCGGCAACCGUUGGCUCACGCCGUCUCAGCGAGUCUGAUAUUGGUAGCAUACGUGCAGCUCCCGGUGUUAUCAAAGUCAUCGAACCCGAGCCAAGAAAGAGCAAGGAGCGACAACGGCGGCCCAGCUUCUUGGAAAACAUUCUACCCAAACGUACACCAAGCAAUAUACUCAAGCGCAAGGGCAGUAUACCAGUGCAACAGUCUGAUGCAGCCUCGGACAAGUCCAAGGAGCCCAUCAUCGAGAAGCCGAAACGUAUAGGUAGUUGGGGUCGUCCAAAAUCUCCUCGAGUUGAUACAAACCUAAGCAGUCAUAGCAAGGACGGAGGACAACUUAGUUCAGUAGGUCUGUCUGCGGCAGCGGGCCCGUGGUACAAAGGUCCCAAAAAUGCCAUCAGACGUACUCGAAGCAGGAGCGAUAUCGGGAGAGGGAGAUCGCCUGGGCUGGCUGAGCUGAUGACGCAGCACGGAGGUCCACCGAUGCCUAUGUUAGCUUCACCGCUCGCGGACACAGAGGCCACGAAGCCUUCCGCACAGCCAAGUCCAGCUGGAGACGAUGAUGAAGAUGACCAAGACCCCGUUAGUAUGGAUCUCACAGUCCGCACCGAUCCCAUUGUCCCAACGUACGACGGCUUCAGAAGUCAUGCUAGACAACUUAAUCCACGCCUGGCUGAUUUCAUGGUUGAGCGUAUCACCCAGGAGCAGAUGCGCAGAUACAAAAGAUUAUUGGAGUUCAAGGUCAAGCAUCUCAACGCCGUACAGCAUAAGAAUUGUGCCUCUGCAAAGUUUUGUACUGACCUCGGUGGUGAGGCGAAGCAACUCCCUCCGAAAGCUGGCGCCAAGGAUGCCGAAACUCCUUUUAUCGGUUUCCAGGUCACUGCACCUGGUUCUUCCGACGACGAUGGCGAGCCCCCACUAGAAGGUAAUGUGGCUCCUGCCGCCUUCCCAUCAGGCGUACCCCUUCCCCCUGUCAAGCGCCUACCAGCCGAGUUCGAAUGCACGUUGUGCUUCAAGGUCAAAAAGUUCUACAAGCCGUCCGAUUGGACCAAACAUGUGCAUGAAGACGUACAGCCUUUCACGUGCACCUUCCCCAAUUGCGGGGAACCGAAAUCAUUCAAGCGCAAGGCGGACUGGGUCAGACACGAGAACGAGCGACACCGUCAGCUGGAGAACUGGACAUGUCAGAUUGCAGACUGCAACCAUACCUGCUACCGCAAGGACAACUUCGUGCAGCAUCUCGUUCGUGAGCACAAGAUAGCUGAGCCACGGCAACGUACCCGAGCCGCUCACAAAGACGCGACAGUAAAUGGUGACCAGGAUGACAUUUGGGCCAUUGUCGAAAGAUGUCGUCGCGACACGACUAAGCAACCCAAGGACGAGCCAUGCCGGUUUUGUGGCAACAUCUGUACGAGCUGGAAGAAAUUGACUGUUCACUUGGCAAAACACAUGGAGCAGCUCAGCAUGCCCAUUCUUACGCUUGUGGACCAGAAGCAGCUCAACGCGGACAGCAUCAUUAGCCCCGUGGUAGAGCUACCCGAAAGCCGCAAGCUCUCCAUCACUCCAGGCCGUUCGCCACUAGAUAACCCGUCGCGCUACAAUCCUAAUGCCGCAUAUGCACCUGGUAUCGACCCUCGCAGUCUUUACCCUCAGGAAACAAAAUCUCAGGCAGGAUCUACGCCGAUGCAAACCUACCCCCCACCGCAAAUGGCACCGCCACCGACUCAGACUAGCGGUUAUGCGAACUAUGUGGCAAACAAUGCCACAAAUUUCACGAACCAGACCUACCCAGGCCUCCAGGUCCCUCGGAAGCCACACAAUGGCUAUACGAACGGGCUGCAAAUUCCUAGUCAGCCAUACCAGAAUGGGAAUAUGCAGAAUGGGGUACAACAGUAUGGCAUGAAUCCUGUUAAUACUGUUCAACAACAGCAAUCGCUGUACACGGACUCUCCGGUCGACGCUACGACUACACCUUUUCCUUCCUACUACACCCAAGAGCCGCAGGGCUUGACGACUGAGAUGCCGAAUAUGGGUUACGAUACCAACAACGCUAUGUCUUACCAACAAGGCAGCACCUACCCUGCCAUGUCGUAUCUGACGGCACAACACAACUAUCAAUACCAACAUCAGCAAUAG